GAGACGCUGUCCUGACGUAGAGGCAAAAUGUUAAAGUUUUGGACGAGCUCGCAUCGAAAAUAUGCGUCGGGCAGCGAUGGAGCUGCUGGAGCCAUGGACAACCCGGGUUACUGCAGCGGCAGCUUCGACGGCCUCCAGCACCCCAGCGACGACGAUGAUGACGAGAUGGUGGACAUCGCAGGAGCCACGCUGGACUUUUCCACCACAGACGACGUCCCUCCUCUCAGCUCAGCUGAUAACGAUGAGUGUAGCAGCAAUAGAGCAGCCGGGAUGAACGGGAGCGGUCCCACGAAGCUCGUGAACCCUCUGGAGGACCCGCUGCCUGGAGUGGGAACCUAUGAAGACUUCAAUACCAUCGACUGGGUCAGAGAGAAGAGCAAAGACCGAGACAGACACAGAGAGAUCACCAAUAAGAGCAGGCAGUCGACUGUAGCUCUGCUGCACAGCAUCAGCGAUGCCUUCUCUGGGUGGCUGCUCAUGCUGCUGGUGGGACUCAUGGCAGGUGCUCUCGCCGGUGGCAUCGACAUUGCAGCCCACUGGAUGACGGACCUGAAAGAAGGGAUUUGUCUCAUCGGGUUCUGGUUCAACCACGAGCACUGCUGCUGGACGUCCAACGAGACGACGUUCCAGGAGAGGGACCGGUGCCCUCAGUGGCAGAGCUGGGCCGAACUCAUUACAGGAACCUCCGAGGGAGCGUUUGCUUACAUAGUGAACUACCUGAUGUACAUAGUUUGGGCGUUGCUCUUCUCGUUCUUGGCCGUGGCUCUAGUCAGGGCCUUCGCUCCAUAUGCAUGUGGAUCAGGAAUACCAGAGAUUAAAACAAUCCUGAGUGGAUUUAUCAUCCGUGGCUACCUGGGGAAGUGGACCCUGAUCAUUAAGACCAUCACCCUGGUUUUAGCCGUCUCCUCGGGGCUCAGUUUAGGGAAGGAGGGCCCUCUGGUCCACGUCGCAUGUUGCUGUGCUAAUAUCCUCUGUCAUCUGUUCACCAAAUACCGCAAGAACGAGGCCAAGAGGCGAGAGGUAUUAUCAGCGGCGGCAGCUGUCGGCGUGUCGGUGGCUUUCGGCGCUCCGAUCGGAGGAGUCCUCUUCAGUCUGGAGGAGGUGAGUUAUUACUUUCCCCUGAAGACGCUGUGGCGUUCCUUCUUCGCUGCCCUGGUGGCCGCCUUCACUCUGCGCUCCAUCAACCCAUUUGGAAACAGCCGCCUGGUGCUGUUCUACGUGGAGUUCCACGCUCCGUGGCACCUAGUAGAGCUGGCUCCUUUCAUCCUGCUGGGGAUCUUCGGCGGCGUGUGGGGGGCUCUAUUUAUCAGGGCCAACAUCGCCUGGUGCAGGAGACGCAAAACCACCCGCCUCGGGCACUACCCCGUCAUCGAGGUGCUGGUGGUUACCGCCCUGACCGCUCUGCUGGCCUACCCGAACAGUUACACCAGGAUGAGCGGAGCAGAGCUCAUUUCUGAGCUGUUCAACGACUGCUCGCUGCUGGACUCCUCUCAGCUCUGUGGCUACAAACAGCCAGUCAACGCGUCCGAAACAGGUGUAGGAAACAGCCUGGCCGACCGGCCGGCUGGAGAAGGUCUGUACACGGCUCUGUGGCAGCUGGCUCUGGCUCUGAUCUUCAAGGUGCUGGUCACUGUGAUUACCUUUGGCAUGAAGGUUCCCUCGGGUCUCUUCAUCCCCAGCAUGGCGGUGGGAGCGAUAGCCGGCAGGCUGCUGGGUGUGGGCAUGGAGCAGCUGGCUUACUACAACCACAACUGGCUCAUCUUCAGGGGGUGGUGCACCCCUGGAGCAGACUGCAUCACUCCGGGGCUUUACGCCAUGGUUGGAGCUGCUGCUUGUUUAGGUGGAGUUACUCGUAUGACCGUGUCGUUAGUCGUCAUCAUGUUUGAGUUGACUGGAGGUUUGGAGUACAUCGUCCCCCUCAUGGCUGCCACCAUGACCAGCAAAUGGGUGGCAGAUGCCUUCGGCAGAGAGGGAAUCUACGAGGCUCACAUACGGCUAAACGGUUACCCAUUCCUGGAGCCAAAAGAGGAGUUUGAGCACAGCAGCCUUGCUGUGGACGUGAUGAGGCCGAGGAGGGGGGACCCCGCGCUGGCCGUGCUCACACAGGACGGCAUGACCGUAGGGGAAGUGGAGACCUUGGUGGAGAGCACUCGCUACAGUGGUUUCCCUGUGGUGGUGUCUCAGGAGUCCCAAAGGCUGGUGGGCUUUGUGCUCAGAAGAGACCUGCUCAUAUCAAUAGACAACGCCAGGAAGUGUCAGGACGGCAUCGUCAGCGCCUCCCUGGUGGUGUUUACAGAAUACACCCCGCCGCAGCCGCCCGAAGCUCCGCCUUUCCUUCGCCUAAGAAGCAUCCUGGACCUGAGUCCCUUCACCGUCACCGACCACACACCCAUGGACAUCACUGUGGAUAUUUUCAGGAAAUUGGGGCUUCGCCAGUGUCUGGUUACACACAACGG